AUCGCUUCUUGCAGGUCAGAUCAACGGGAAAUAGAGGCAAAAACCGAGCAAAAUCGCUCUACUUUGGCUGACAGGUUGGGCUGGGAGGACUUCUUUUCUCUCAAUGUUUGGCGUGCUUCUACGGCCGAGCUCCUAGGCACAGCAGUCCUAGUCUUUAUGGUGGAAGCCAUUAUCAUCUCUAUACAUGAGACAGAUAUUGACGCGCCAAAGCUGAUAAUGGCAAUCCUCAUAGCCAUCACAGUUGCAAUGUUAGUGCUGGCCACUAUUCCCGUAUCCGGAGGCCAUAUCAACCCCAUUGUCAGCUUCUCUGCUGGCCUGAUGGGCCUCAUUUCCCUUUCACGGACCGCCAUCUAUAUUUUUGCUCAGUCCGCCGGCGGCGUACUGGGCGCGCUGGCUCUCAAAGCCGUCGUCGAUAGCUCCACCUCGCCCGGAGGUUGCACCACCGCCUCAAGGCUCGAGAAGGGCCGGGCAUUGUGCCUCGAGAUUAUAUGUUCUUUCGUCUUUCUCUUCGCUUCGAGGUGGAUCGCAUUCGAUCCGCGCCAAGCGAAGGUCGUUGGCCGAGUUAUCGUCUGCUUAGGCAUCGGAGCCUCAGCGGGGCUGAACGUGUUUGUGUCAUCGACGGUGACAGGUUCGUCGGCGGCGGGGAUAAAUCCGGCGAGGUGUUUGGGGGCGGCGAUGGUGAGAGGUGGACAUCUGUGGGAUGGGCAUUGGGUAUUUUGGGCGGGGCCGGCCAUUGCAUCCAUGGUGUUCUGUUUGUAUACUAGGAUCAUUCCUGACGACCAUUUCCGGCCCAAGGUGAAGGAGCAUGGUCGCAAGUCAUGACGUCUGAUGUGAUGAAUGACGCAUAUAGGGAUGUGCUGAGAAUUUGUUGUGAAAAUUUGAAUGGUAAUUGUGAGAAUUAGAGAAUCAUAUUCAACUACGUACAUUGUUUGUUCAAAAUAUACAUAUAUUAAUAUUGUAUGUACAAAAAAAGAAAAUUAUACCAAUGAAAAAUCACAGCACUU